CCACAGUUCAAUUCGGUUCACCAGCCAGAACUCAACCUUAAUCAUGAAGCUGCUCAUCGUAUUCGCCCUGGUUGCCCUGGUCGCUGCCCAGGACAGCACCUACACCAACAAAUACGACCACGUCGACGUCGAUGAGAUCCUGAAGUCGGACCGUCUCUUCAAGAACUACUUCAACUGCCUGAUCGAUCAGGGACCAUGCACUCCGGAUGCUUCCGAGCUGAAGCAGAGCCUUCCCGAUGCACUGGAGAACAACUGUUCCAAGUGUACGCCUAAGCAGAAGGAAGUCGGUUACAAGGUCGUUGGCUGGCUCAUCGACAACCGUCCCGAGGAGUGGAACGUCCUAAGGGCCAAGUACGAUCCCGAAAACAAGUUUGUCGAAAAAUACCGCGACGAAGCUAAAGCUGCCGGAAUCAACCUGUAAGAUGGGAAUGAAUCAUGUGACAACAAUGUGGACAACGUUACUUUGAAGUAUUCUUAAUAAAGAUUUGCAAUUUUUAAA